AUGGCCCUGACCCCUUACCACUCCCGGGUGGAGGCACAGCCCCGGAAGUGCUUGGGAGUCAGUUCCGGGGCAGCCCUGGACCUGGAGACCGGAAGCCGCAGAGACCUGCCUGAGAAGGCUGACUACGUGCAAGGGGACAAGGAUGGGUGUCAGCUUUCCCUCCAGUCUGUUCUGGCCGCCAGCCUGGCCCAGAAACCAGGGGGUGUGCGCUCAGAGAGCCCCUGCGUGUCAUGA